AAAAGUCAGCUCUGCUUCCCUAGCCGGAACUCCAGUAAGCUAGGCGGAAGAAGACUGUCUUUUAGCGACGUUUUUAGAGGCGCUGCCAAGUCCUUCUUUUUUCUUUUUUUAAUUUCUAAACUGUCGCCGUUUGGCUUUUUGUCUUACUAUCGGCCCUAACUUAGAUGGCAAGCUUCCCGGACACUGUGAACGAAAAUGAUCUAGGUCAAGCCAAGUUCAUUGGUGAACUCCUUGCACCUACUGCUCCCUUUGAUCAGAAGUCUGGACGUGAGGCUUGGAGUGUUGCUUUUUCACCCAAUGGUUCUUACUUUGCUUGGUCACAGGGGCAUCGAAUUGUCAGGCUCAUUCCCUGGACAAAAUGCUUGAAGAGCUUUUCUAUUGACCAUGGUGACGAAGAAACUGGUGCUUUGAAUCCUUGGAAUUUGUCCCGACAUAACAGUGACAGGAGUCAAACCAUUACAUUGGAUGGUGAUCCACGCGAACAUACCUUAGACUGUGGUGACAUUGUUUGGAGCCUUGCCUUUGGCUCUUCUGUGCCUGAAAAAGAAAGUCGCUGUGUGAACAUUGAGUGGCACCACUUCAAGUUUGGUCAGAAUCAUUUGCUACUAGCAACAGGCCUUAAUAAUGGUCGGAUCAAGAUUUGGGAUGUUUACACCGGGAAACUUUUGCUGAAUCUGAUGGAUCAUUCUGAUGUUGUGCGAGACCUAACAUUUGCUCCUGACGGCAGCCUGAUGUUGGUGUCAGCAUCGAGAGACAAAACUCUUCGUAUUUGGGACCUUAAAGAUGAUGGCAACAUGGUAAAGGUUUUGCGUGGCCAUCAGAAUUGGGUAUAUUGCAGUGCCUUCUCCCCGGACUCAUCCAUCUUAUGCUCCGUUGGUUCUGGAAAAUCAGUGUUCCUGUGGAACAUGGAUAAGUACACUUUGAUUCAGAAGCUGGAGGGACACCACAAUGAUGUGGUGUCCUGUGAGUUUUCUCCAGAUGGUGCAUUGCUGGCCACUGCCUCUUAUGACACUAGAGUCAUAGUUUGGGACCACCACAACGCUACCAUUCUUCUAGAAUUGGGCCACCUCUUCCCUCCUCCCUCACCCAUUUUUGCAGGAGGGGCAAAUGAUCGUUGGGUUCGUUCUGUGAGUUUCAGCCCUGAUGGUCGCCACAUUGCCAGCAUCACUGAUGACAGACUGAUACGUUUUUGGAGCAUUGAGGAAAAGGCACCUCAAGCUAUUGCUUCUUUGUCUAAUGGACUCUGCUGCUCCUUUUCAACUGAUGGAAAAGUCCUCGCUGCUGGGACUCGUGAUGGGAGCGUGCACUUUUGGGAGUCUCCCCGAAGCAUUGCUAGUCUGCAGCAUGUGUGUAGGAUGGCUCUUCGUAGGAUUAUGACAACUCAGCAAGUGGAGUCUUUGGCAAUUCCAACACCACUCCAAGACUAUCUGACCUACAAAAUGUUUUAACUGUCUGCUACAAUUUACCCAUGCACUUGAUUGAGUAUGUUGAAAAAUUAACUGUUUAACAAAGAACUGUUUUUCAUUUCAUAAAGUCUGUUGGUAUUCAAUCGCGGUAAAAAUAAGUUGCACUCCAUUGCAGAGAGCAGGAAAAGGUAAGAAAAAAUAAUUAGACAAAAAAAAAAAACAAAGCAGUGUAUAUACCAACUAGGCAAUCAAAAAUGAAAGUCAAUGGAUGCUUAUCUCCUAGACCACACAAAACUCCCUCUAGGGCCCAUACGCAGUCAAACUUUUGAAGGUCAUAAAUCACCUUAAAAUAAGUAAACUCUACAUGCGGACAGCUUCUGAGAAGAGAGAAAAAACAUGAAAAGGACAUCCACACAACCAACAGACAGUAAACGAUUAUUUCUUGUCAACUAAGUUUAUCAGUUGCAAAAAAUUGAAAUCAAGAAUCAUAUGUAUAUGUUUCCAGGGCACUGUAUGUAUCAAACUAAAAACAAAUGAAUGGGAGAGAAAACUCUCCAAUACAAAACAGAUCCCUUAGCCUAUAACGCUGAAUAACUAUGAGAGUGUUUCAGAUGCCCCACAAAAAUGAUCAUUCUCUGUUUGAGUUGGAACAAAUUGUGCUUUUUAUUUUUUGUAGCUAAAGCAUUGUGUACAAUUUUCCACUGGAGAUCAGCUGUACGUUACUUAACAGGCAACUUGUACAGAGACCACUAGUGUCCAUCAACCCUUGUGCUAUCCUAGGCAUGUUUACAUUAAAAGACAGCGCUCUGAACUUUUUUUUUUCCCAAAGAUUUAUCAUCUUCACUGGUGUUCAUGGCAGACAUAAAAUCUUGUCCACCUUUGUUAUCAAUAUUAGGCUGGGGUCGUCUGGACCCCAUAAGAGAGCACAAGGGUUAAGACUACAGUCCAUGCCAAAACCCUCAAACCACCUGAAUGCUUUCACAUCCUUCGGCAACUGAAAAUGUCUGAUUUCCACACACGUGUGGUGUACAAUGUCUUUUUAGCCAUAGUGUCGAAUUUUCUGUCAACCACAAGGCAAAAGGUAGGCAAUAUAUUGUGAGAAGAUAUUCCAGCAAACUUUGAGCAGUCAAAGAAAAUGACUCCACAGGACAGGAACUGAUCUCAUAACGCCCUCCACCACUCUUGACUAGAGUCUGGGUUAAAAACUAAAACGUGUCACAAUUUCCAAGAAUUACAUCAAAUGACCCAGCUUCAUGCAACCUGCAUCCUUAAAGCCCCCUCACUGAUUACGAGUUCAGAAAAUCCAAGACGAACAAGUGUUGGUAUCUUGUGCUAUUCUAGGUAUGUUGACGUUGGGAGUGGGGUCAUCUGGACUGCACAAGAUGGUGCGCUGAACUUUUUUGUAAUAUGAUUUUUUAUUUUCACUGGUGUCCAUGGUAAACUCAUAAAAUCCUGUCGACCUUCAUCCACAUUUGUCAUGGGAUGAAUAACACAACGUUAAUUUUAAGUUUUGUGUCAUCUGGACCCCAUAAGAUAGCACAAGGGUUAAAAGACAAAGGUUCCUCAACUAUCCACAGUCCAGAAGUAGUAGCAGGAUGCCUGCAUAGACUUUGAAGCACAACAGGCAUCCAGGAUCGAAACAAAAAAAAGGAGACAAUCCAGUCUGGCAAUCUGGCUGUCCUCUGGUCAACAGGAAGAGCUUUUUGUUGUACCCAAGACCUCUAGCUCAUCCCAGGAGGAUGCCGGCAGUGUCCAGCUACUCUAUACUGCAGUGGCAAAGAAGCCAUUGGGAAAGAAAUUAAUUUUGGAAUGCAUAAGGCUUUUUUUUUGCAGAUUUUCGUAGUGUUUGCAAAAGCCAGUACUCUGGAUGUGAAAUUAACUUAUCUCUGAACCCCUCAAAGAGCGACAGAAAAAGGGUGGCUUUGCAAAUCCAGUGCUUACCAAUCCAAAAGAAAUCAGUAAGGAUACGCAUCACAUUUGCAAAGCAUUGAGACUACUCUAUUAUUAACAAUCAGGGCAGCAACCAUUUCUAUUUAGACAACCUAGCAUCAACUUUAUUCAGCCACCCAUCCCAAUUUUUCAUCUGAAAAUCCUUGGUGCCCAAACUAACCCCAAAACCUUUUAGACCUCUAUUGAUCCAGAAUACAUUUGCAUCGAAUUUAGGUGUUUUACCCCUCUAAUCUCCAAUAUACAUUUCAACCAAGUAACCGUACCAGAUAACCCUACCUCGCAUGAACCUAAAGACACAAGACAAAAGCACUGUGACAUAAUCACCGUAGGCACUUAUACAAAAGGAUCUGCAUCAUCCAGCCCUGACAAAGAAACCCUGCGCAUCUUGACCUGCAACUUACUAAAGAAAAGUUUAGUUGUGCAGGCCUUCCGCAUGCCAUGGAACACCGGAAUAGGUCUACUUACACUUCCCCCACCCCGCGCAUACACACAGACACCUUCUCCAAUCAUCCAGGGUGAACACUCAGCACCCGUGUACAGCAGGAGGUAACAUUUUCAUCAAAACCAGAAACAGACAAAACAGAAAACAAGUAAUUGUAGUUCACUCUGGUGAUACCCUUUUUUUGAUCAAAUUAAAUCACCCCAAAUGAAAAAUCAGCAUUAGUGCAUAUAUCAAAAACAUCUCCAGUUUUGCAAUAGAGCCAGAUCUCUCUUCUUGAGCAGGAAAGAUGAGACAACUCAACUACAGAAAGCAGACCAUGUGCAAACAGAAAGACAGUUCAAAACUACCUCGUGCAGAUCAGGUCCAAUCAAAUCCCCAAAAUGUUUAGAAUUCCACGGUAAGGCCAUCCAAACAAGGAGCCAUCCCCAUUAAAGUAUCAGAGAACUCCUCCAACACAACAGGCCAUUCAGCAGUCUCUUUUUCUGCAGCACAAAGUUGAGCAAGGCCACUCAAAAGGUCAGCAGUCACUGGGAACCAACACUCUGCAGAAAAUAAGGACACUUCCCCAUAAAAAGCUGAGGUAUCGACAACCAAUGACAGCCCCCCUUAGCACUGUCCUUCUUAACAUGUGACAGUUCAAGUCUUUUGUCAUGAGGAGCUCACCAGCAAACGAAUAUCACUCAAUAGCUGUAAUACCAUGUAGAAGAGCUUGAAUAAUACCAUCAUUUGCCCUAACCCAAAUGUAUUGUUUGUUAUCGAAAUGUUUAACCCCCCAAGCAUCAACUAUAUUAAGAUGUUUCAUGGAAACUGAGGACUGCAGGUGAGGUUUGGCCCCAAUUUUGUAACUCACAAAGUCAACAGUACAGUUCUAGUCCUCACCCUUAAUAAAUUGAUCGUGGUCAUAAUACCAGUGGGAUCAAAGGAAUUCAAAACAAGUCUUUCAAUCACUUCACAUUAGAAGCAGAAAAUUAACUAUAACUUGCGCAGCAUCAUUGAGUUCUAGCUUCACUACCUGAAGUUUCCCUGACACUACUUCCUCACAGGAUAAAAAGUUUGACCUCACUUUCUUAGAAAUGAGAAAAGUAACCCCACAGCUAAAAAUUGUCCUGUGGUUAAAAAAAAAACAAAACA